AUGUAUAAUAUAAAUUCUUUAAAAUCUUGGGAGCAUGAAACCAUACUAAAACAUUGUAAAGAUUUAGGGAUUUUACUAUCAUCAAAUGAUACAGCAGAUAUUGAUGUCAUCGAAUUAUUUGAAGAACUAAAAUUAUUUUGUCGACUUACAGAAUCAAGUAGUUCAGCAAGUAAAAAUCUUGAGUACAUUUAUAAUAAUCAACUCCAGGAAAUAUAUCCUAAUAUUGAAAUCAGUUUAAGAAUCAUUCUUACAAUUCCAGUGACAGUAGCGUCUGCUGAGAGAAGUUUUUCGAAACUGAAACUUAUAAAAUAUCAUUUAAGAUCAACAAUGAGUAAUGAGCGUUUGACUGGAUUAUCAAUUUUAUCCAUUGAAGCAGAGUUGGCACAAGAAUUAAAUUUAGAAAAUUUAGUGCAAGAUUUUGCAACAAAAAAAACAAGAAAAAUUAAUUUUUAAUUUUGAAAUAUUAUUUUAAAACUUCAAAUUUUAUCAUCAU